CUUUCAUUUUUCCAAUUUUGGCUUGAUUGGUAGAAUGGAGUUUCAGGAACUAAUUUCGUCGGAGUUCCGUGUUGCUCUUAGUGAGCGUCAGGAUUUUCUUAAGGAAUGGAUUACACGAUGUCUCGAGGGACCGGUUAUUUAUCCUGUGGCGUCUGCGCCAGUCGUCGACUUAAUGGAACUUGAGGUUAAGCAGCUUUCCGACUUAACUGAGAAAGAGAAUCUGUUUACUGACACAGAGAAGCUAAAGUUUAUUGCGGCAAUUAGGUCUCCUGGGGACCAAGGGAAUAAUUGGAAACGUUACAGUAAUCCUUUGGUGCCAAUUUUGCGAGAGCGACUCUCCAAUCCACCCAAGGUCAAGCAUACUGCGAGGAAUUACUGUGAAGUGGCUGGACAACUUGGGCAGGGACUGGAAGAGGCCAUAGGAGAAAUUUUAUACUUGGAAAAAGAUUAUAAAAGAAAUGCUUGGGGUGGACUAGGGCAACAUAUGGCAUUAAACUCUGAUUAUCCACCUUGUCCCCAACCAGAGUUCAAUUAUGAACUGCCAGGCGCUUUUGUCAUUAACGGCGCUCAAUUGCAGGCUACUAAUCAUGGGGUGUCUGCGGAAGCCGUCAACGAAUUUGCGUAUUCCCAGUUUGCUGUGAAAGAGAAGAAGAAGUUAUAUUCAGACGACCACUCAAAGACAAAGGGGUUGGAACAGCUAACCACCGGGUGGACCGUCGGCACUUGGGAUCCACAACCGGGUGGAUCUUCCGUCUCCAACUUCAGUGGCAUAUUUUCUUGUUCUUCUGUGUUAGGUUCCUCUUCCAUUUCAUCCCAUCCCUGGCUUUUGGAUUCAGGUGCGACCCACCAUGUUUGUUGCUCUCUAAACUCCUUUCAGUCUUUGGUUUUGUCUGUCAAUUAUGACGUUACUCUACCAAAUGGACAUACAGUUUCUAUAGCUGGAACAGGGUCUGUUCGUUUGUCUGAUCACCUUACUCUCGAAAAUGUUCUGUUUGUUCCCGAAUUCCAUUUCAAUCUGGUUUCUGUUAGUGCCCUCACUCACCAACAUCACUAUUCUGUUAUUUUUACUUCUGACUAUUAUGUUAUUCUGGACCAUACACAAGCCCAAAUGAUUGGGAUGGGUAGACAGUCAGGAAAUCUCUACAUUCUGGACUCGAGCAACUUGUUUUCCUCUUUCCCGUAAGGAAAACUCUAGAGUGCCUCCGAACCCUUCCCGUAAUGAUGUCUAUUUGCUGAGUCUUUGAUCAUGCUUCAAAUAUAAGAGUUACGUACAUUAUGAAAUGAAUAACAGAUGGUUCAGUUUUGUGAGAAUUCUGUACCAUGUUCAAUUUGCCUUUGCCUUUCAUUUCCUCAAACAAAUUGUCUGCUUCAUGCUUUGAUAUUAUACAUUGUGAUAUUUGGCCCCUUUUA